AUGCAAAGGCUUCGAGAUGUGGACUGGGCGGCUCUCCGCCGCGAUGGCCACAACAUCUUCACCAAACUCAUUCGGACGCGAGAUCCACGUUCGGGGGAUGGCGAAGAAGUCACCGUGCCAACCAGACAGCGUCUUUCUAGGUGCCUUACAACGCUAGACCUCACGUCUCUGGGUGUUGGAUCAUGCGUCGGCACGGGGAUGUACUUAGUCGCUGGCAUGGUAGCCCGCAAGUUUGCCGGACCUGGCGUAGCGUUGAGCUUCAUUAUUGCUGCCUUAGCCAGCAUCUUUUCUGGUUCGUGCUACGCUGAGUUCGGAGUUAGGGUGCCGAAUACGACCGGAUCAGCUUAUACAUAUUCCUACGUAACGGUUGGAGAAUUUAUCGCUUUUAUCAUCGGCUGGAAUAUGGUUCUCGAGUAUUUGAUCGGAACGAGCGCAUGCGCCCGCGCGCUCAGUGCUUGUUUCGACUCACUAUUCGACGGAGCCAUCAGCAAGUAUUUCUCUGAAAAAUUUGGGACUAUUUAUGGCAAGCCACCCGAUUUCAUCGCUUUCGGUAUCAGCAUCAUGAUGACAAUGGUCCUCGUGGCUGGCGUCAAGAAGUCUCUCUUCUUCAACAAUUUGUUGAAUGCGAUCAAUCUAAGUGUAUGGGUAUUCAUCAUGGCGGCUGGUGCCUUUUACGCGGACACUAGUAACUGGACUCAACACAAGGGUUUUCUGCCAUUUGGAUGGUCGGGGGUUUUUAGCGGCGCGGCAACUUGCUUCUAUGCCUUCAUUGGAUUCGAUAUAAUUGCUACAACCGGCUUAGAGGCGAAUAACCCAAAACGCUCCAUCCCCUUUGCUAUUGUCUUGAGUCUGGGCAUCAUUCUACUCGCGUACGUCAGCAGCUCCAUUAUGCUUACAUUGAUUGUGCCCUACAACGAGGUGAACACCGACUCUGCACUAGUACAGAUGUUCGCUUAUGUGAACGCGCCCAUUUGCAAAUACAUCGUCGCCCUUGGCGCCCUAUCUGGCUUGACUGUCUCGAUGUUCGGAUCUAUGUUCCCAAUGCCUCGAGUCGUUUAUGCUAUGGCUCAAGAUGGACUGAUCUUUAGACAACUGGCUGCUGUAUCUGAAACCUCUGGUACUCCUGCGCUGGCUACGAUGAGCGGCGGCACUGCUGCAUCUAUUGUCUCCCUCCUUAUCCAGCUCGAGGUGCUGGUUGAAAUGAUGAGCAUUGGUACUCUCCUUGCCUACACGUUGGUGUCUACCUGUGUACUGGUUCUUCGCUACCAGCCGCAUACCGAUAACCUUAUCGAACUCUUGCCGCAAAGCCUCCGUACACCAAAUGACCCGGAAGGCGCAGCUUCUGCUCAACGCGAAUCUUCAUUCGCUCGCGGCCCGACUCAUAUAAUGCCUGCCAGCCAAAGAGUCAUGGUGCGUCGUGUCACCCGCAGCUCACCCGACUCCGAUGAUACUCUUCCCGGGGAUGACAGUGAGGAAUACGGACGCGAUGACGCGUUCCUAGUCAACUCAAACACCGAAAACAAGUUCUAUGGCGCUGUUCCUGGAGGUUGUUCUACGGGUACUUCGCGUUGUGCUCGCUUCUUUGACUCCAUAUACCGCAAAUUGCACGAGAUGUCCUACCUCUGCCCUGGCCUUCUUCCGUGGGUUGACUGCGGUCCUGCUACCGAAAAUUCCGGUCUGUACGUCAUCAAGGCGGUCGGCAUCCUGUACGUGCUCAUCAUCGUCUUCGAUAUCUUUGCGGCUUACGGAAGUCCCGGCGAAUCGACCUUUACAACUGUCGUGAUGGUUAUACUGCUUAUCGCCAUCUUUGGAAUACUGCUAGCUAUUUCUCGGAAACCACAAAAUCGAGCUACACUGGUCUACGCAACGCCCUGCCUGCCCUUCGUGCCCACGAUCGCCAUUAUGGUCAACAUUUACCUGAUUCUCAACCUUUCGAUUCUGACUCUCAUUCGAUUCACCGUAUGGAUGAUAAUUGGGCUGGUAGUGUACUUUAAGUAUGGUAUCAAGAAUUCCACUCUUGAAACUAACCCCCCCGUACCCCGCGCGCCUACUCCUCCACCACCGAACCCAUUGGACCGCACCACUCUGCCGCCCGCAACGCAACCACCACCUACUGGCGACCGCAACAUCUUCGAAGGCGAUGGCCUCUAUGGCAGCCAUGAUCAGUUCUCGGACCCUCUUUUGGCUUGGCACGUUGCCGACUUGGAACCGGUACAAUCCACAAGCCGCGGCUACUCUGGAUCUUCGUACAUACAGGUUGAGACUCGGUACAACGAACGCACGAAUAGGACUACGUCGCAUACCUCCAGCCGACCACCAUGGGCUUAUCCAGACGUCACAUACGAUUCUUGGGACAAUUAA